AUGUCCAUCGCAUCCUCCAAAGCCCUGAUCUUCGACUGCGACGGCGUCAUCGUCGAGUCCGAGGAGCUGCACCGCCUGACCUACAACCAGACCUGGAAGUCCGAGGGCCUGGACUUCGAGUGGGACUACGCCUUGUACGGCGUCAUGCAGAACUCCAUCGGCGGCGGUCGCGAGAAGAUGCGCUGGUACUUCGACCAGAACGGCUGGCCCGACGGCUCCCCCGUCGACUCCCCGCAGCUCGCCACCCCGCGGGAGGAGCUGCUCAACCAUCUCGUCAAGCGCAAGUACGAGCACUACCGUGACGCCGUCAUCAACGGUGAGGCCUUGCUCCGCCCGGGCAUCCACCGCCUGGUCGACGAGGCCCACGCGCGCGGCGUGCGCCUCGCCAUCUGUUCCGCAGCCAACAAGAACUCGUGCGAAAUCGUCCUGGACAACCUCAUGGGCAAGGAGCGUCUCAAGAAGUUUGAGUUUGUUCUGGCCGGAGAUGUCGUCAAGCGAAAGAAGCCCGACCCCAUGAUUUACAACCUGGCUCUGGAGAAGCUCGGCGUGCGCGUAGGGGACUGCGUCAUCAUCGAGGACUCGGAGAUUGGCCUGCAAGCAGGCAUCCAGGCCGGCAUGAAGGUCGUCGUCACACACACCCCGUACACUGCCGACCAAGACUUCAAGGGCGCCGCCGCCGUCUUCCCCAGCCUGGGCGAAAAGGAGGGUGACACCUUCGUCGACGUCGACCUUCUGUUUCCGGAUCUCGUCGGCGUCCCAGCCUCCGUAUAG